AUGAGCAAUCAGGAAGUGAGUUUUUCCUCCAUGAGAGUUCUUCAGUCUCCUUCAGAGUCACAAAAUAGAUCAAGGCCUGGUAGUGCUCCAAGUCCUGGGAAAACUCAUGACAAAGAGUUUUCAGUGCCAUGGCAUCUCAUUGUAGUGACUCUUGGAAUCUUCUGUUUACUUCUUUUGGUGACAGUCAGAGUGUUGGAGACAAAGAUUUUGCAGUGCACUCAAGAAAAGCACCAACAGGAGGCAAUUCCACGAAAUCUCAGUCAAAAGUGCCACAAUAUACAAGAUGACAACUACUUAAAGGAGCAGCUUUUGAAUAAGACUUUAGAAUAUGACAUUCUCAAAAAUGAAACCCUUCAGCAGAAAAAGGAACUGGACUCACUCUUUAUAGAAAAGAAGAGAUGUCAUAGAAAACAGGAGAGCUUUUCAAAGUCUCUGCAAAAUACAGGCAAACUCUAUGCAGACCGCUGGUCCUGUUGUGGAGUAAACUGUUAUUAUUUUACCACUGAAGUUAAAACCUGGAAGGGAUGUAAACAGACUUGCCAAGGUUACAAUUUAUCUCUUUUGAAGAUAAAUGAUAAAGAUGAACAGGCCUUCCUUCAACCCCAGACUUAUGGAAACUACUACUGGAUUGGGUUAUCAUACAAUGCAGAGGAAAGGAAGUGGAAAUGGAUUGACGAUGGCACAUCUUCUGGAAUUAAUUCUCCAGUAAUGAGUACGCCUCCUGGGAGAGAAGAAUGUGCUUUUUUAAGCUCAGCAAGAAUAGAAAAUACUUAUUGCUUUACACCUUAUAAUUGUAUCUGUGAGAAGAGAAUUGAUUGUGUUUCCACUGCCUGCUUCAAAUAGACACAGAAGAAAAGGUGAAAUGGAAUUUUGUCAUUUUGUUUCCAGGGAUAAUUUGUGAUUAUUUACAAAUUAAUGUUUUUGACAGCAGGACUUAUUCCACUGUGGACAAAGAGAUGAGUUGGAAGAGGAAGAAAAUGCUCUUUUGGGCUGUGAUUUAAGAGAUCAGAUGCCGGCUGUCUUCUUGGGGAAGAGCGGAAGAUUUUGUUUUUGGAAAUCAGUUACCCCUCUCUUUAAUGGCCCUGAGAAAGUCUCUCUUCUUCAUUCCCUGAACUACCCACAAAGCCAGUCAGAGAACUCUGGAUCUGUUCCUUACCCAUAGGGUACAUCAUUUCCAUAGCCUUAGGCUUGAGGAGAUAGCACAAUUAAGAACUAAAAAAUAGAUAUCCUGCCCAUUCCCCAUCUAGAUGCUUACCUCUCAUUUCAUUUUUUUUUUUAUUUUGUUAUGAUUUCAAACUUAUUGAAAAGUUGAAACAAUAGUACCAGGAACUCUCGUAUAAACUUUACCCAUAGUUACCAUUUGUUUAUAUUUUGCUCUAGCUGCACUUUACAGUUCUCUCUCUCUCUCUCCAUACUGAUCCGUUUGAUAAUAAAUUUGGGAUAUUAUAUCCCUUUGUCUAAAUAUUUUACAACAACAAGGACUUUGUCUUGUAUAACCAUAGUACAAUUGUCAAAAUCAAUAAAUUUAGCAUUUCUACAGUACUGUGAUUUAUCUACAAUCCGUAUUCAAAUUUUGUCAUCUGUCUCGACAAGGUCAUUUAUAGGUGAUUUUCCUCCAUGUUCAGGAUCAUGCAAUACAUUUAGUUGUGAUGUCACUUUAGUCUCCUUUAAUCUGGGACAGUUCUUCAGGACUUUUUUCUUUCUUGACCUUAACAUUUUAAAAGUCAACUUUAGAUUUAUACUUUCAUGCAAUAAAAUGCAUCGACUUUAAAUCAUGAGAUCAAUGUGUUUUUAACAAAUGUAUACACUUCUCAAAUCCCAUCAAAUCAAGACAUACAACAUUUUCAUCACCUCCAAAAGUUCUUUUCUGCCCCUCCCCACCCACCUGGCCCCAUGCUACAAGUUAUAUGCUUCCUGUCACUAUAAAUAAGUGUUGCCUAUUGUAGAA